AUGGCGAAGGCAAAGGAAGACUCUCACCGAAAGCCUCAGGAGCAAAAUGCCAAGAGGACCAAACACCGGCACGAGACGAGACCACAGGUCCCCGAGCGCUCAAACACUCAGCAUUCUCGUUAUGUCCAGAUGCUUCUAUCACAGGAUACCAUCUCUCGCUGGCACAACAUAUCAGCCGCGUUUUGUGUCUGGCUGCUGCUCGCUGGCUUUCUCGUCUUCCCGGGGACGUUCACCAGCAUCCAGGAUUCACUGGAGGAAAAGGGUGACGACACGUGGAGCCCCGACAAGACUGCAGGCAAGAUUCUGGACGGGGUCAAGAAUAUCCCCCUGCUUGUGAUUGCGACUGUGUGCUGCGCCGUCGCGGCCAUCGGGAUGAUUAUUCUUGCGCUCGUACAUGUUCGCAACUACAUAUGGCUCGUGAAUCGGCUUUUCAUGCCUGGCAUGGCAAACUCACUGGCUGGGCUCAUCUCAACACUCAUCUCGGUCUAUACGCAGAAGAACGGAGACUGGAGCAUCACAGCUCGGGUGACUAUCAUUGUUGAAGGAUCGUAUAUGUUCGUGUGUCUUGCCCUCUUUCUCCUCGUGAAUCAGAUCUUCCUGCGCAAGGUCAAGCAGAGCCAUGGCAGUCAUUAUGAUCAAUGGUUUGGCAUAAUAGGAGAGAGCACUGAAGUUGCGGAAAAGACAAAGACGGUUCAAGACAAGCGACGAGAUAGGAUGGUCUGA